GUUACAAUUGAGAGCAGUCAGCUUACUGAAGAAGAUCAAUUCGCCCGUUACAGAGCUGAGAGAAAUAGCUUCACAAUGUCGAAGGCCUUAUCUCCAAACCUCAUCCUUAUCAGAAAUGCGACAGUCUUGACCGUGGACCCGCUAAAUGGUACCCUAGAAAACUCCGACAUUCUCAUCAAAGAUGACCGAAUCGUUGCGAUCGGUCAAACUCUGCCAAAGCCUUCCGAAAGUUAUGUCACUAUUAUCGAUGCUCAAGGGUGUAUUGUCACACCUGGCUUUGUCGAUGGCCACCAUCAUAUGUGGCAGCAGCUUUUACGGGGCAUUGCAACAGACUGGUCGCUUUUUUACUACACUGUCAAUAUGCGAACCAUCUAUGGGAGCUUAUACACACCCGAGGAUGUCUACCUGUCUACUUAUGUUGCAGCACUGAGUCUGAUCAACAAUGGUGUGACUUCUGUCCUUGAGCACUGUCAUAUCAUUAAUUCGCCCGACCAUGCUGAUGCAGCAGUACGGGCUCUCCAAGAUGCCGGGAUUCGGGGAACGUUCUGUUAUGGCUUCUAUGCCAAUCCGCCUUUGCCCAAUCAGCCGGAUCAAAAAGCCUUCUCACAUAUGCCACGGUUGAGCGAUGCUGCCCGGAUAAGGGACAAAUACUUCGGCGAAAACGAUGCAGCUGAGCAACUCCUCACAUUCGGUAUUGCUCCAGAUGAGCCAGAAUCUCUACCCAUUGAAGAGACCAUUGCGCAGAUUAGGCAGUCAAGAGAGCUUGGGGCACGUAUCAUCACUAUGCAUGUCGCGAUGGGGCCAUAUGAUUUAGCACAUCGUCAAAUUGUGCAAUAUCUCGCCAAUGAAGGGAUGCUGGGCCCGGACCUUGUCUUCAGCCAUGGCUCAUCCUUCACCGAGGACGAACUGCAGGCGAUUAAGGAGUCCGGCGCUUCUAUCGUCGGCACGCCAGAUACAGAGCUACAGAUGGGCAUGGGAUUUCCCAUCGUCUUCCAGGCUUUUGAUAGAGGAUGCCACACAUGUUUAGGCAUCGAUAUCACAUCCAAUCAAGGAAAUGACUUCAUUGCUCAGAUGAGACUGGCGCUACAGGCUCGUCGAGCCCAGGAGAACGAACAAGCGUUUCCACUCUCCAUUAAUCGCAAGACAACGGGUGUCCUUCGAAUGGGAACAAUGGGAGGUGCAGAGGUUAUGAGAAUGGAAGAUCUCAUUGGCUCCAUUACAGUAGGGAAGAAAGCAGAUCUUAUCCUCAUCCGCUGCGACGAUAUUGAGAAUACGCCAGUGGGUGAUCCGGUUGGGUCAGUGGUAUUUCAUUCUUCAGUGAAAGAUAUUGAUACCGUCAUAAUCGAUGGCAAGAUAAAAAAACGGAACGGAAAGCUGACCGUUGAUUGGGAGAGGUUGAGGGAGGAGGUUAUACGUCGUGCAGACCGCAUCAAAGCAGACGCAGCCAAGAUUGAUCUGACCGCGGCUAAGAAACGUUGGAUGGACAUUUUCCACGUUGAAGAUGCAGCAUAAGAGCCU